AUGCCGCCGAAGCAAAAAGCGGCUGCUAAAGCUUGCAAACCCGCAACCCAAGCAGCUGCCGAACCAGUACCCGAGACGGUCGAGGAACGAUCCCGUCUGCGAUUCUACCAAACCAACCCCGUCGAACAAAGGUUCCAAGACGUUGGCCUGCCGGGCCUCACGCCGACGGAGAAGAAAACUUAUGCCCAUUCGCGCCUCAUCAUACCCGUCACCGAGCAUCAGAUACCGCUGUCGAGCAAAGCGGAGCGCGAGUUCUGGAAGCAAGUCACCAAGGAAGCAUUCCCUACCCGGCGCCUUCGCAAAGACUACAGCUGGGGCAAGGACAGGAACGGCCGCGACUUUGGAACGUACAAACCGGAAGACUUUCAGCAGCACACUCUCAAGCAGGCUAGCUUGACUGCCUUGGAUAUUCACCAUCGCAGCUUCCUCGCCAGGAGGGACAUUGCACGACGAAACGGUACCGAGAUCGCCGAGGAAGAGCUCGAGGCCGAGAAAAAGCGGAGAAAAGAGAUGGCAGCUUUGAAGAGGGAGCUCUACGGCGAUAUUGUUGGGCCGCUCACUAGCGAUCCAGAGUGGGAUGAUGUGAUCCCGAUUCCUUCCAAUGAGGCGGAGGAUGCCUUGGCCAGGAUCGCCUAUCCCGAUGACUACGCCGAAGCCGUGUCCUACCUCCGAGCCGUCAUGGCCGCCGAAGAAUGUUCCCCUCGCUGUCUGCGGCUGACCGAGCUUGUCAUCGCCAUGAACCCGGCCCACUACACCGUCUGGCUGUACCGAUUCCAAAUCGUCAAGACUCUUCAGCUGCCGGUUGUUGACGAGAUCCAGUGGCUCAACGAGGUCGCUCUAGAAAAUCUGAAAAACUAUCAAAUCUGGCACCAUCGCCAACUGCUGAUGGACUACCACUACCCACGCAUCGCGUCCGACGCAGAGGUCGUCAAGAAGCUGGGCAAGUCGGAGGGCGAUUUCAUCUCAACGAUGCUCGUCGAGGAUACCAAAAACUAUCACGUGUGGUCCUAUCGCCAGUACUUGGUGGAGAAGCUUGGGCUCUGGACCCCGAAUGAGCUCGGAUGCACACAAAACAUGAUCGAGGACGACGUUCGCAACAACUCUGCGUGGGCACAUCGCUUCUUCGUCGUCUUCUCCGACCCAAAGGUAUCGACCAAGGGCUUGCCUUCGACCGCUCACGACCCCAAGGUGCCCGACUCCAUCAUCGACCGCGAGGUAUCCUACGCCAAGGAGAAGAUCACGAGCGCACCGCAGAACCAGUCUGGCUGGAACUAUCUCCGCGGCGUGCUAGCCAAGGGGGGUCGCAGUGCGACGACUGUGAGCGAUUUUGCAGACCAGUUUGUCUCUGGCCUUGGCGAGGAGGACGAAAAGGUCCAGAGUUCGCACGCACUGGACUUGCUUUCGGAAGUCUACAGCGAAAAGAAAGAGACGACAAAAGCGAAGCUAUGUCUCCAAAGACUAUGGGAGAAGUGGGAUCCUGUGCGCGAGGGGUACUGGAAGCACAGAGCGUCAGAACUUGAACGGGCGACGUGA